UGGCAGGCCUGGGUGCGGCCCACCGUCACCCAAGUGCCGGCCUCGUAUACAGCCCCCGUCUAUGUGGCCAUCUUCAUCAUCGGCAGUCUGUACGAGCUGUUUCUCUCCGUCGAUGCCAUCUACCACAAGAACAACAUUCUGCUGUUUGCCGUCUGCAUCAGCAAUGUGUGCUGCUUGAUCUUCUCGGGGAUGCAGUAUAUGCAGAUGCACCACACCAUCCAUCUCCUGGCCACCGCGCGUGAUGUCAACUUUGAUCCCCUCGUGGAUCUCUCCGUCGAUGUCUGGGCCCGCGUGCAGCCGGCCUUGCUGGUGAAUCCCAUCGUGAUCGGGCUGUCGACGCUGGCCAUGUGGCCGUUGGCCUGCCAGCUGCACAAGGAGUUUGCCUGGGCGAUCUAUCUUCACAUCCACGCGGGAUCCGACACCCGAGCACGAUAUCUGGCAUAUGAAAUCUAUCUGGUGUUUUCCAAACUGGACUUUUACUUUAUCCUCGGCUUCAUCUUGCAGUACGACCUCAUCGAUGUGCACUUUCAAGAGCCGGAGUACUCUCUCACCCUGGCUCUGGUUCCCUUUUCUCUGAUGAUCCUCGUCUCUGGAGUCUACUUUGUGCGACUGGAAUUCCGAAUCGGAAUGGCUGCGGUCAUUCUCUGCCAUCUGGGAAUGGUCGCCUACCUGGUCAGUCGCAUCGUCGCCCUGUAUCUCGAUCCGUGGCUCAGCAACACGACGGGCAAAGACAUGAUGCUGCUCUUUGCCUUUACGGGCUUGACCUUUAGCGUCAUCACCUUUGCCUGGGGCAUUCGCUGCAUGCUGAACUUUGGCCACGGGCUGAAACCGCUCUUUUUCAAGGGGAAAAAGGAGGCAUAUAGCCUGGAAGAUGCUCGGUCGCCAUCGGCGGUGUAUUCUUUUCCGAAUCGUCGGUUGUCGCUAGAUUAG